AUCCUCCGUGUUUGACUGGGCAGAGCCGCCCCUCCUGGUGCGAGCUGCGGAGAAGUUGGGGAAGGGAGGAAGGUGGAGGGAUGAGCAGGGAUGGCUGGAGGCAGCUGGGGAUGAGGCUGGAGAGCCCCGGGGAGAGGCUGCUGCCGGCAGGGCUGGAGCCAAGUGCAAAAUUAGGGGAGGAAAGGAGCCCUAAAUCCCCGCGCUCUGCGAAGGGGGAGCGAAUGCCGUGUUAAUGGAUCAGGUUCUGGUGAAUAAAGAAGAAAAGAAGCUGUAAGCUCAGGAAGGCUCUUUUUCAUCAUAAGGAGGAGAACAUUGCUCAUCCUUUAGUUCCCUUGGAUCCGGAGUGAAUGACUUUAGAGCCACAGGAGUUUAAGCUCAUCGGAGGAAAACGGUGCUUCUUUUUCAUUUUUUUUUCUUUUCUUUUUUUUUUUUUUUUCUUCCCGAAUAUUUUUCUGGGAGAAAGAUUUGGAAAUGAGACUUGGAGCCAAGAGAACCUGCGGAGAGCGAAUGUAACCUUCUCUAGGCUAGGAACCAGUCAGAAAUAGCCCGAAUUUGGCUGAGGCGGGCGAAGGGGAGCGCAGAGCGGAUCCAGCCCCGUGUGUCGGGAUGUAGGGAGCGGCGGUGGGACUGGGAGUGCCGAGCACAUUCCCAUGGCCGGGAAUCCAGCGCUGGGCUCCGCAUCACGUGCAUCGCCAGGCACCGCUCCUGCCGUGUGAAGACGUCCUUGGCGGAUCUCGGAUUGAAAUAAAGGACCCGCCGGCAGUCACAGCCGGCGCUGAGGAGCUUUCGGACAGCGGCGGCAGCUCGGGGAUCGUGCAGCGGGGCGGCGAGAGCGUCCCUCGGCUCCUGCCAGCGCCCGGAGCUGCCCCGGCGCUGGAUCCAGCGCGAUUCCGACCUCGGCUCCCCGCGACCGCCUCGGCCCUGGAUUGUGGGGCAGCCCCGCUGCGGCAGGGCCCGGGCAGCGAUGGCAUGGCACGGGCACGGGCACGGGCACGGCGGCGUGCCCGAGUUCCCCCCGCGGGGAACGCGCCGGGGCAGCGGCUUCAGCCCCAACGCGAGCCACGGCCGGAGCCGCGAGCGGGGCCGGCGCCGGCGCUGGGCGUCCCUGCUGCAGAACCCAGCCCUGCUCUGCAGAGUAUGCUGCUUGGAGAUGACCAGCAAAAGGAAGCUGAUCGGGCGCCUGGUGCCGUGCCGGUGUUUCCGCGGCGAGGAGGAGAUCGUCUCCGUGCUGGACUAUUCCCACUGCGGCCUGCAGCAGGUGCCAAAGGAGGUCUUCAGCUUCGAGAGGACCCUGGAGGAGCUCUACCUCGAUGCCAACCAGAUUGAGGAGCUUCCCAAGCAACUGUUCAACUGCCAGGCCCUGCGCAAGCUCAGCAUCCCCGACAACGACCUGUCCAGCCUCCCCACGUCCAUCGCCAGCCUGGUCAACCUCCGUGAGCUCGACAUCAGCAAGAAUGGAAUCCAAGAUUUCCCAGAAAACAUUAAGUGUUGUAAGUGUUUAACGAUAAUCGAAGCCAGCGUCAACCCCGUGUCCAAGCUGCCAGAUGGCUUCACACAACUUCUAAAUUUGACCCAGCUCUAUCUAAACGAUGCCUUUUUGGAGUUUCUUCCAGCUAACUUUGGAAGACUUGUCAAAUUGCGAAUUUUGGAGUUAAGAGAAAACCACUUGAAAACUCUACCAAAGUCAAUGCACAAGCUGACCCAGCUGGAGAGGCUCGAUCUGGGCAAUAAUGAGUUCUCUGAGCUGCCUGAGGUUCUUGAACAAAUCCAGAAUCUGAAGGAGUUGUGGAUGGACAAUAAUUCCUUGCAAGUGCUACCUGGGUCUAUAGGGAAGUUAAAACAGCUCGUGUACCUGGAUGUGUCCAAAAACAGGAUCGAGACGGUCGACCUGGACAUCUCGGGCUGUGAGGGGCUGGAGGAUCUCCUCCUCUCCUCCAACAUGCUGCAGCAGCUGCCAGAUUCCAUAGGAUUGUUGAAGAGACUGACAACCCUGAAAGUGGAUGACAACCAGCUCACCAUCCUGCCCAAUGCCAUCGGAAACCUGUCCCUGCUGGAGGAAUUUGACUGCAGCUGCAACGAGCUGGAGUCGCUGCCCUCCACCAUCGGGUACCUGCACAACCUGCGCACCCUGGCCGUGGACGAGAACUUCCUGCCGGAGCUGCCCCGAGAGAUUGGGAGCUGUAAGAACGUGACUGUGAUGUCCCUGCGCUCCAACAAACUGGAAUUUCUGCCUGAUGAGAUUGGCCAGAUGCAGAAACUGAGGGUGUUAAAUCUGAGUGAUAACAGACUGAAGAAUUUGCCCUUCACUUUUACCAAACUCAAAGAACUGGCAGCCUUGUGGCUUUCUGACAACCAGUCCAAGGCGCUGAUCCCGCUGCAGACGGAGGCGCACCCCGAGACCAAGCAGCGCGUGCUCACCAACUACAUGUUCCCGCAGCAGCCCCGCAGCGACGAAGAUUUCCAGUCAGACAGUGACAGCUUCAACCCCACUCUGUGGGAGGAGCAGAGGCAGCAGAGAAUGACUGUGGCCUUUGAGUUCGAGGACAAGAAGGAAGAGGAGGAGAAUCCAGGGAAAGUCAAGGUGGAGAUCAACCUCAAGCGUUACCCCACGCCCUACCCCGAGGACCUGAAGAACAUGGUGAAGUCAGUGCAGAACCUGGUGAGCAAACCCAGCCUGGGCGUGCGGCCCGAGAGCGCGGCCCCCGCCGCCAGCGCCGACCCCACGGGCAAGGACAAGUACGAGCACAAGUGGCCCCUGACCCCCAAGGAGAUCUCCGUGGAGGAUGCCUUUGGACACCCUGCCAGCGAGAUGAGGAUAGGGGAGCUCCGUCCUUCCAUGCCCGAGACGCCGCUCUACCCGCCCAAACUCGUCCUGCUGGGUAAAGACAAGAAAGAGUCGACAGAUGAGUCUGAAGCAGAUAAGAUCCAUUGUCUGAAUAACAGCGUUUCCUCAGGCACUUACUCAGACUAUUCCCCUUCCCAGGCUUCCUCAGGGUCCUCCAACGCGCACGUAAAAAUGGGCUCCCUGCAGACCACGGCUAAAGAAGCAGUGAAUAACUCUUUGUGGGGGAACAGGCUGGCCCAGUCGUUCCCGCAGCCCCUGGAGACCAAGCCAUUGCUGAGCCAGCGGGAAGCGGCUCCGGCCGGGACCGUCCCGGCGCGCCCGGAGCGGCGCCCGCUGAGCGACGCCUUCGCCGACAGCUGGAACGACGGCUCCCACUACGACAACACGGGAUUCGUGGCCGAGGAGAGCGCGGCAGAGAACGCCGGCACCAACCCCCUGCUCAGCACCAAAUCCAGGAGCUCCUCCGCCCACGGGCGCCGGCCGCUGAUCCGGCAGGACAGGAUCGUGGGCAUCCCCCUGGAGCUGGAGCAGCCCGCGCUCAGAAACACACACGACUCUGAAGUGCCUCCUCCCAACCCUUGGCAAAAUUGGACCAGAACCCCCAGUCCUUUUGAAGACAGGACAGCUUUUCCUUCCAAACUGGAAAGCACCCCCAACACCAGCCCUUUGCCCGAGCGGAAAGAUCACGUCAAGGAGUCUCCCGAAAUGACGAGCACUUUCACUCCAGGAAUCCCGUGGGAAUACCACGACCCCAACGCUAACAGGAGCCUCACAAACGUCUAUUCCCACGUGCACUGUCGCCCGGACCCUUCCAAAAACGUCAUCUCCAUCAGCAAGAGCACGGAGCGGCUCUCCCCGAUGAUGAGGGAUUUAAAAACGAACAAGUUUAAGAAGUCGCAGAGCAUCGACGAGAUCGACAUCGGUGCGUACAAGGUGUACAACAUCCCCCUGGAAAACUAUGCAUCCGGCAACGACACCGUGGGCCCCCACGAGAGGGUGGACAAGCUGCUGGGCCCGGAGCACGGCGUGCUGAGCAUGUCCCGCAGCCAGUCCGUGCCCAUGCUGGACGACGAGCUGCUGACCUACGGCAGCGUCAAGGUGCAGCCGCAGCACAAGGCGUCGGUCACCAAGAAGGUUUAUCAGUUCGACCAAAGCUUCAACCCCCAGGGCGCCGUGGAGCUCCCGGCCGACAAGCGGCUCCUGCCGCCCUUCCAGCUCAACGCCGAGUACCUGCCGCAGCCGGCCAAGAGCCUGCCCCAGGAGCUGGUGAGCCCGCGGGGCUACCGCGGCUACGCGCCCGUGGAGCCCAUGUUCUCCUUCUCGCAGCCCUCGGUGGGCGAGGAGCCGGCGGCCGCCCCGUUCCCCGGCCCGGCCGCGCGCCCCGGCUUCCUGCGCAGGGCGGAUUCUCUGGUCAGCUCGGCGGAGAUGUCGGUGUUCCGCAGGGUGGGCGAGCCGCAGGAGCUGCCCCCCGGCGCGGACAGGUACGGCCGGGCCCCGUUCCGCGGCGCCCCCGAGCGCCAGGGCAGCAUGGCCGUGCCCGAGGCCCAGUUCCUCAAGCGCAACGGGCGCUACGAAGACGAGCACCCUUCCUACCAGGAAGUGAAAGCCCAGACUGGGAGCUUCCCAGUUAAAAACCUCACGCAAAGGAGGCCCCUGUCGGCACGAAGCUACAGCACAGAGAGCUACGGCACGGCCCAAACGCGGCCGGUCUCAGCGAGGCCCACCAUGGCAGCUCUGCUGGAAAAGAUUCCGUCAGACUAUAACUUGGGUAACUAUGGCGACAAGCCUUCCGAUAGCAGUGAUAUAAAGCCGAGGCCUCCCCCUGGGAAGGGAAAUGAGAGCUGUGCUAAAAUGCCCGCUGACUGGAGACAACAGCUACUUAGACAUAUAGAAGCUAGAAGGUUAGACAGGACCCCGUCGCAGCAGAGCGGCCUCCUGGACAACGGGCAGGACGAGGUGGCCGUGGGCAGCCCCUGGAACCCCUACCCGCUGGGCCGGCGGGACGUGCCCCCCGACACCGUCACCAAGAAGGUAAGGGGGGACAGCAGGCAUGGGGACAGCCUGGGGACAGCAGGACAGCCCUGGGGACAGCAGGACAGCCCUGGGGACAACAGGACAGCUCUGGGGGCAGCCCUAGGGACAGCAGGACAGCCCUGGGGACAGCAGGACAGCCCUGGGGACAACAGGACAGCUCUGGGGGCAGCCCUAGGGACAGCAGGACAGCCCUGGGGACAACAGGACAGCUCUGGGCAGCACCCAGGGCUGCUCCAACCCUGAAAGCAGGAAUUGCUGCAAUUGAGGGCGGUGUUUGAUUGAGGCGCUGAUGCCUUGUGCAGGCUGCCCAGAGCAGAGUUCCAGAAUAAAGCAGGGAUUUAUUCAAAGCAUCUCGUCCAUGGAUCCACCUUGGGCAGCACCAGAGCCCAGCCAGGGCUGCACCCAAGAUGAACCAAAAUGGCCCCAAAAUGCACGAGGGGCACGGGCUCUGUCCCUGGGAUCAGUUCUGCUCCAUUUGCACCUUGCAGUUCAUUGUCCCAUCCCAGCUUUAGCCCAGGCACUCCCACCCUGCUUGUUUUUCUCUCUCCAGCCCACGGGGUUUGUGCUCUGGGCUGAGAUUUGGGUCAUUUGUCCUUGGUGCCCAGCUGGAGCAGGAAUUGUUUUGUCUCCUGCUCUGUGCACAGAGCUCAGCAUCCCUGAUGUGAGCCCAGCCCCACACACUAAAGCAGCACAGAAUCUGAAAAUAUAGAAGCCAAACCCUGAGGCAUCAGCCCUUUGUGUGCUCUGGUUCUGC